AUGCCACAAAGAUCUCUACUAUUUAUUACUUUGGCAAUACUCAUCGAUAAGUCUUUGUCAUAUGGAAAGAAACCGUUUGCUUAUAACGAAACUGAUGUAAAUCGAAAUUAUGAGCAAGUACGAAAGGAGAUCAACACAUCUUCAUGGGAGUAAGUACUAAAGUUUUUUUUAUUAUUUUAUUUUUUAAGAUAGCAUGAUCUACUGAGUAUAGUAGGACAGAUUAUAAAUUGUUGGGUAGGAGAGGAAAAUCUCGACGUAUUCUUUAUACAGGAGUUCUACUGCAACACCUUCUUAUUUUAUAUACAAUCAAAGUUUUGUCAAAGCAUUUUCAUUCAGAUCUUUUUAGCGUGAUACUAAUAUUGAUGAUAAUCAGCGUGAUAAUCGUGAUUAUCGCAUGCGUAUGGGACAGUUGCAGGAAACGGCCAAAAGAUACUGACAGUCUACGGAGAGAUAGCUGUAAGUCUUGAUAAAUUUCGUGCAAACUUCAUAAUGAAAAAAUAACUAUGUACUGUUAUCAGACGUAUUUUACAUUGUAAAAACAAUGCAUACAAAAAAAUUUAAAAAUAUAAUUUUUUUUGUUACAGUAACCCUUAGGCCACCAGAGAAAAUACGUCACAAACUGACGGUUUGUGCUUUACCAGACGGUGCUGACUUUACCGUGCCAAUUGUGACAAUACAAGAUGAAAUAGAGAGCGAUACUGAGUCGGAUGGACACUAG